AUACUGCCUUCCUCUACUGAUCCAUUAAACCCGUCCCCAUGUCGGCCAGAACUACCCCUAUCAAUGUCAAGGUAGUUGCUGCCGAGUCGCUCUACAAACGGGACGUGUUUCGGCAACCCGAUCCCUUCGCUGUUAUCACUGUAGAUGGAUCGCAGACGAAAACAACCAAGACCGCCAAAAAGACCCUCAACCCCUACUGGAACGAAUCAUUCAACUUCACCGCACUUGAAGACUCCAUCCUUGUUAUCCAGGUGUUUGACCAGAAAAAGUUCAAGAAGAAAGACCAGGGCUUCCUUGGAGUAGUCAAUGUUCGUAUCGGCGAUGUCAUUGAUCUCCUGUUGUCCAAUUCAGAAGAAACAAUCACCAGAGACCUUAAGAAGUCCAAUGAGAACUUGGCCGUGUCCGGCAAAAUCAUCGUCGUUAUCUCCCACUCUCGAUCCGCUGCCGGCUCUUCCGCAACCAACGCUUCGACAUCCUCUAGAAACAAUACUGGAUCCAACGGCUCGUCUGCUGGUGCCCCUAUUUCCACUGCUAACGGUGAAUCUGCAGGCUCUGGCUCUGCCAACAGACAGUACUCGUCCUUUGAAGACCAGUACGGAAGGUUGCCUCCAGGAUGGGAACGUAGAACCGACAACUUUGGCAGAACCUACUAUGUUGACCAUAAUUCCAGAACAACAACCUGGCAGAGACCAACGUUGGAACAGACGGAGUCCGAAAGAGGCCAACAGAGACAAUCUACAACAGAAGCAGAAAGAAGACAACAUCGUGGAAGAACUCUACCAGGAGAAACCCCCCAGUCUCCAGACAUCACCAACGCUUCCAGUACCGUAACUAGCGGCAAUGUAACCGUAAAUGCAACCGGGGCUAACACCCCUGUAAGCCCUGCUGCUGCCGUAUCCAUGGCUGCUACUGGCGCUACCACAUCUGGUUUGGGCGAGUUGCCCAGUGGUUGGGAACAACGUUUCACGAACGAAGGCAGACCAUACUUUGUAGAUCACAACACAAGAACCACCACCUGGGUCGACCCCAGAAGACAGCAAUAUAUCCGUACUUUUGGACCUAAUACCACUAUUCAACAGCAGCCAGUUAGUCAGUUAGGUCCUUUGCCUUCUGGUUGGGAAAUGAGAUUGACCAACACGGCUAGAGUGUAUUUCGUUGAUCACAACACCAAGACGACUACAUGGGACGAUCCUAGGUUACCUUCAUCCUUAGAUCAGAACGUUCCUCAGUAUAAACGUGAUUUCAGAAGAAAGGUUAUCUACUUCAGAUCGCAGCCAGCUCUUAGAAUCUUGCCAGGACAGUGUCAUAUCAAGGUUAGAAGAGAUCAUAUAUUCGAGGAUUCCUACCAAGAGAUUAUGAGACAGACUCCAGAAGAUUUGAAAAAGAGAUUGAUGAUCAAGUUCGAUGGAGAAGAAGGUCUUGAUUAUGGUGGAGUUUCUCGUGAGUUCUUCUUCUUGUUGUCGCACGACAUGUUCAACCCCUUCUACUGUUUGUUCGAAUACUCCUCGCAUGAUAACUACACUUUGCAAAUUAACCCUAACUCAGCUAUUAAUCCUGAACAUUUGAACUACUUCAAGUUUAUUGGUAGAGUUGUUGGCUUAGGUGUCUUCCACAGACGUUUCUUGGACGCUUUCUUUGUCGGAGCCUUAUACAAGAUGAUGUUGCACAAGAAGGUCAUCUUGCAAGACAUGGAAGGUGUUGACGCAGAGUUCUACAGGUCCUUAAAGUGGAUCCUAGACAACGAUAUCACCGAUGUCUUAGACUUGACGUUCAGUGCAGAGGAUGAGAGAUUUGGUGAAAUCGUAGAAGUAGACUUGAAACCCGGUGGAAGAGACAUUGAAGUCACCGAAGAAAAUAAGCACGAGUACGUGGAAUUCAUUUCGGAAUGGAAGAUUUCCAAGAGAGUCGAAGAGCAGUUUAAGGCAUUCAUUGAUGGUUUCAACGAGUUGAUUCCUCAAGAAUUAGUCAACGUUUUUGACGAAAGAGAAUUGGAAUUGUUGAUUGGUGGUUUGGCUGAGAUUGACGUUGAAGAUUGGAAGAAGCAUACUGAUUAUAGAGGAUACCAAGAAAGCGACCAAGUAAUUCAAUGGUUCUGGAAAUGCAUUAAGGAAUGGGAUUCUGAACAGAAAGCAAGAUUAUUGCAGUUCACUACCGGUACCUCAAGAAUCCCUGUCAAUGGUUUCAAGGACUUGCAAGGUAGUGACGGUCCUAGAAGAUUCACAAUUGAAAAGGCUGGUGAACCUAAUCAAUUACCGAAGUCGCAUACAUGUUUCAACAGAGUUGAUUUACCUCCAUACAAUGACUACGAGAGUUUGAAGCAGAAAUUGACGUUGGCUGUGGAAGAAACCGUUGGAUUUGGACAAGAAUAAUUGUGGUGCAUAUGUAUAUCGUCAUUUCUAGGCAAUAAUUUCUCCUCUUUCUCAUUUAUCGAUCUUUUCUUGUUCUUUUCAUAUGUGAUUACUCCAGACAUGGCAAGAGCAUUGGUAAUUUCGAAACGAUUUGUGCACUAUGGCUAUGCCAAGGGACAUACUUACAGAUAACGAUGUAUGCACAUAUUCCAUAUACAUAGUUCAAUUCUAGUAUCUACUCAGCCAACACAACCAGCACCAGGAACAGGAUCAAAUACAUUGUUGGUUGAUUCUCAUCUUCGGAAAUCUAUUGCACUACACUUUACGGGAAAACACUACUGUUUGGUCAUAUUGUCCUGAUUUCUUUUUUUUGUUUGCUUUUAUAUAUUCUACUUCAUUUUCUUGAGUAAUUGAAUUUAAUAGUUCAGUUUUUUUACA